UUGGAACAGUUUAGAACCUCUUGUACAUAGUGAUUAGUUUUUGUUCCAUUUUGUCGUAGUCGAGAUUUUCCACUUCGUAUCGUUCGUCUUCUUGGUCUAGUCUGUUAAACAGUCUUUCUAGCUUUUUGUUUGUUUUUUUAUUUAGUUCUUUUUUCCAAGCUGAAGUAGCCUGGAUCUCUGCUUUUUCUAUGAGACUCUUAGCAAGCUUUUCUUCCUCGAUUCUCUCUUUUGUGGAGGUAAUCUGGUCAUCAAAAUAUUUUGUGAAGGCUUCCAUCAUUAUCUGUUUUUCAUCAGCAAGCAUUUUGUUGUAAGAUUUUAGUUGCUUUUUCUCUUCAAGAAUUUUCUCCUUUUCAAGUUUGCUAGCCAGUGUCUCCAGCUUCCUGUUAAUCUUGGCUUGCAUAGCAUCACGCUUGAGCAAGCGAGAUUUUUGUUUGUUAUAAAGAGAUUCUUGGAAUUGAGCCUCUUUUAUCCUUUUCAACACCUUCUCAUGCCUUUUAGAUGUCUUAGAUUUAGUGGAUUUUUGUAGCUUAGCUUUUAGUUGAGUAUUUGCAUACUCCUGAUAGAGUACUCCAAAAGACUUCAGACCUGUGUCUUUAUCUCAGUAUUGCAUUAGAGGAGUCACAAAUUUUGACAAGUUGUUAGUCUUACUGAUAAUUCCUUUGCCUAAACUAUCAGAAAAGCCCUUACCAUCCAAGCCUCUCUGUGAAAGAGCAGAUUCGAGACUUUGCCUGAGGAUCUCUUGGAAAUAUUCUCCUCUAUUAGAUGCUCGUUGGGCUUUUCUGAGUUCAGUCUGAAACUUCUUAUCAUAAACAUCAAGUUCAUACUUCCUCAUGGAUUUGAACCUUUUUAUUACUUUUGAGACGGAUUUUGAUAAGGGCUUGGUUGACUGAAGUUCCUUUUGAAGCAGCUCGUUUUGAUGACUCAUUCUCAUCAUCUGAUCAAUUGCAGCUAGAUUUUGAGGAUCAUUUGGAUCAAACUGUUGUUCAGACAUUUCAGAAGGCUCCUGCUGUGCUUGGAGCUGCUGAAGUUGGUAGAGUUGCUCUGGGCUCAAAUUUUGUAGAACCUCAGGAUUUAGAUUUCCUUCACCAUCAUAAUACUCAAGAGGUUGGUCAGUUUUACUAUCUUCUUCCUCCUCUUCUUCCAUUCUGAACUUGGCAGGAGCUUUAACAUUGAUUUGUGGUGGGACCUCUUGUUCUGAAGCUAUUUCAUUUUCUUGUUCAGAAUCUUGUAUAUCAUUACUCAUCUCGUUUGACUGAAGUUCUUGGUUUGGAGUCUCUUCAUUUUCGACUUCUUUUAUUUCUUCAACUCCAUCAGGAAGUUCAAUGUUUGGAUUUGAAGGCACCAGCUUUUGCUGCUGUUCUUGUAAUUGCUGUUCUUGGAGCAUCUGGAGAUGCUGUUGAUACAUCAAAAGCUGCUCUUGGUCAAAAUUUCUCUUUGCCUUUUUAGACCGUCUUCUGCUUCAAGACUUUCUUUUCAUCGUUGACUUCUUUCUUCUUGGCUUCUUUGAAAAAUAUGAAAAAGGCCGAGAAACUUGAUUAGUUUGGUUUUGAUUUGCAGCAUUUUGCUCUAGCAAAUUUCUAAGAAACUGUAGUUGCUCUAGUUCCUCAUUAGUCAGCUCCUCUCCUGCAUUCUGUCUUUCUGUAAGUUGUUGGUAGAGAAGGAUAGCUUGCUCAGGAGUGAUUUCUAUAUUUCCUGGGCUAUGAGUAUUCUGUCCUUCAUAAUUUAGAUUUUCCAUCUUUUGUUGCUCCAUUGCUAAGGCAUGUAAGAUCUGUUGUUGUCUCAUUUGUUCUCGGUACACAUCUUGAGGGAUGUUCUUCCUUGAUUUCUUCUUUUUCUUUUUAGGUUUGACUGUGUUGGAUGUCCAUGGUCUAGGAUAUCUAUCUCUCAUCAUUCCAAAUGAAUAUUUAGCCGUUGAAGGUCUCUUCUUUUUCUUCUUUUUGGAAGGUUUUGUCCUUCUAGAGAUUCUUUGAGAUAUUUUUUGUUGCUCCUCCUGCAUUUUCUGGAGAAUUUCUAGCUUGGUCCUCUCAUCUAUCUCUGAUUCAUCUGUUCUUUCAGCAGGGUUACUUUCUUCCUGAUCAUCACUUCCGUCACUCAUAUUUUUCUGUUGGAAAAUUUCAGCUUCUUCAUCAGGCUGGUAAUUCUUAAUCUCUUCAACUUUAUAUUGAUUGUCUUGAAUUUCUUCUUCUUGAGAAUCAUCCUUUUGCUCUUCCUUGUGGUAAAAAUCAAGUUGGUGUUGGUCCAUUUUUACUUCAUCUACAUCAAUUUUCUCCUGUUGGUUGGCUAUUUCUUGUAUAUCUUCCUCAUCAUCCUUGAAAGGGAGGGGCUCUUUAGGGAAGUUCAUCUCUCCUUUGACUAUCAUCCUUUCAUCUUGCUCAGAUUCCUCUUCUGCAUCAAUAUAGCCUUUAUCCAUCAGAUAGAGCAUCUGUUCUUCUAAGAAUUUUCUUUGGUCUUCGGGGAAGUUAUUGGGGUCUGCCUCAUAUUGCUCAUAAAGCUCUUGAACUAGGAGAGCCCGGUCCUCGUCAGUAAGAUUUCUAAGGUCAAUCUCACCAUCAUUUCCUAAGUUAUUACCAUCAUUACCGUCAAAGCUUCCUCCAGCAGACUUUUUCUUUUUCCUACUGCUUCUAGGGACAUCCAUAUCAUCUGGCAGGAGAGGAUCAUUGAAUAGAUCUAUCUUUGGUUUGGGAGAUUCAGGCUUCAUCAAAACAUCUUUUUGAGGUGAAGAAUCCAUUUUAGGAGUGUUCUUUCUAAUCUGUUCAGGAGAUUCAUCUUCAAUUACUGGAUCUUGUAAUUUAGGAGACCCAAUCUUAAGUUCUUCAUCUGAAUUCACUCCAAAAUUCAUAUUGUCGUCUUGAGGCUGUUGGUUGAUCUCUCCACUUCCACCGAUAACAGGCCUAUCUAUUCCCAUAGAGUUUGGGUGUUCUUUAUCAGAGAUUUGUUGGCUUUUUGGAGACCCAUCCUUUGAUUCUUCAUAUUCUUUAAGAAGAGCGACUACCUGGAGUAAAAUUUGGAGAAACUCUGAAAGAUGAGUAAGAUCACCUUCCAUUAUAGAAGUAGCACUUAUAUAACUAAGAUCUUUCUCAAGGAUGUAUUCUCCGAGAAGAUUGAUCAAUGUAAACAAGUUCUGGGCUACCUCUUCAGCACUUUCCCCUGGCUGGAGUUCGUUGAUAGGGAGUUGAGGAAACAAAGCCUUGAAUAACUGUAGAUAAAGUUCAUCAGUACAGAAAGAUUCUAUUUCUGUGAUCUCUUCUUCAGCUCCAAUGGUUUUUAAAAUUUCAUUUCCUAAUUCAAGAACUAAUUCAUCAGUCAGUUCGAUUUCUUCUUGAUCAGACAUUCUUUUAAAUUUAAAUUAAA